CAUGUAAGCAGAGGAGAGUCAGAGUGAGUGAAGCUCCACUCUGUGGACUGAACCAUGUCGUAACGCCUCACAGGAAGCAUCAGGCGGUCUGAACUCUCCUCUCUGAGCAUGGAUAAUGUUUCUGUGGUCAGAAUUUUCACCCUGGCAGGUAUAAACGAGACAAUGGACUACAGGAUCGCCAUCUUCUCACUCUCUCUGAUUUACUACUGUGUGAUUUUGUUUCUGAACUUCUCGCUGGUGUUUAUCAUUGUCCUCGAUGAGAACCUGCAUGAACCCAUGUACGUUUUACUCUGCAGCAUUUGCAUUAAUGCCGUUUACGGCACCACGGGUUUCUACCCUAAAUUCCUCUUUGAUUUAUUCUCAUUUUCACAAGAAAUCUCCUACGAAGGUUGUUUGCUGCAGGCCUUUGUUAUGCACUCGUAUGCUUGCUGUGAUCUGUCCAUCCUGGCGGUCAUGGCCUAUGACAGAUAUCUGGCCAUUUGUCACCCGCUGCACUAUCACUCCUCCAUGACGAGGAGGAAGCUGGCCCAGCUGAUCACCUUCUCCUGGCUGACUCCCUUCUGUAUUUUGUCCCUCGGUAUUCUGCUCGCAACCCAACUGCAGCUGUGCAGCACCAAGAUUAAGAAACUGUUCUGUGUGAAUUGGACCAUUGUUCAGCUUGCCUGCUCACACAGCAACACCUUUUCAAACGUGAUCAUUUCAUAUGCAGCAAUCAUCAUUUAUGUGUCUCACGGCAUUUUCAUCAUGUGGACUUACAUGUGUCUUGUUAAGACAUGCACGAGGUCCAAAGACAACAGGGUGAGGUUUAUGCAGACAUGCGUGCCUCAUUUGGUGUCUUUGGUGAUGUUCUUGGUUGUGGUUCUUUUUGAUUUGAUGUACAUGAGGUUUGGCUCCACAGAUUUACCUCAGAGCCUCCAGAACUUCAUCGCUUUGGAGUUUCUAGUCCUCCCUCCGCUGAUGAACCCUCUGAUUUAUGGAUUCAAACUGACCAAAAUACGAAACAAAAUCAUGAGUUUAGUUUAUGUUGACGUGCUGCUUUAACACAUUCUUGCUUUAUUGAUCCUGAGCAGAACAGUGAUCUGCUUUCAGCACGUUACUCUGCUUUUGUCAAACAUUUAUUUUGUUAGUUUAGUAAGAAAUCCAGGGAAAAGCUUGCUGAACUGCAUGCAAAAACAAAAUUUAUACUGACCUUCAGGACCUGAAGAACCAAGCUGGACCUAAACAGUUUCUCACACACCUUUGUUGCUGUGUGCACUAACAUAUAAAUGUAAUUUGAUGCAUGUUGUAUG